AUGGAGAAAAGAGUGAAAGAAUGGAUACCUUUGGAGGGCAAUCCUUAAGUUUUCACAGAUUACGCAGAGAAAUUAGGCUGGCCAGCAGAGCUAUAUAAAAUUCAUGAUGUUUAUGGUCUUGAUGAUGACUUAUGGGAUGCUAUGGUUCCAUAACCUGUCCUGGCUGUGAUCUUGCUGUAUCAAAUCAAAAAGGAGCACAGAGAUUUGAUUGAGAAUGAUAUUUCCAAGCAUAAACUUCAAACAGAUUCACCAUUUUUCAUAAAAUAGACAAUAAAGAAUGCCUGUGGAACGAUUGCACUAUUGCAUGCCUUGCUUAACAACACAACAGCAAUAGGGGGUGUAUUUAGAGAGGAAUCAUUCUUAGAGGAGUUCUACUUCUUAAAUGACAAGACUUCGCCAGAAGAAAGAGCAGCAGCUCUCUAUAAAGAUGAAAAAUUAGAAGAAACUCAUUAAGAAGCUGCAGUACAGGGAGAAACCAGGCCCUAAGAGAAUGCUGAAUGUCACUUUGUAACAUAUAUUCAAAAAGAUGGAUUCAUCUAUGAAAUGGACGGUAGACUAAAUGCUCCUGUCUAAAAGGCAGAGAUAAAAGAGGAUUAGAGUUUGGGCAAAGAAGUAAGUAAGAUUAUAAAGCAAUACAUUGAGAUUAGUGGCUAUCAAGAGACUAAGUUUAGUGUAAUGGCUCUUGCACCUAAUUAUGGAGAUAUUGACUUGAUUUGA